AUGCCGAUUGGCCGGAGCUCGUCUCAUUUCAAUCGAGCUCCAUCAUUCACCAUGAGGUGCGUUCUCCUAUUGACUAUUCUCGUCGCUUUCGCGUUUGCCGAAUUUGUCACCAUCGGCUACAAGGCGUGCAAAUCGGAUGGCGUCGUUUCGAACGUUGAAGCCGACGGAUGCGAUCAGCAGAUGCGCGACGGCCGCAAAGUGUGCGUGUUCAAGGUUGGCACGACGCCGGUGAUUCGAAUCCACUUCCAGCCGUCGAUCGACGCGGCGAGCCUCAACAACGCGGUGCGCGCGAAAGUCGGCAUGAGCACGAUGGUGCAAUUCCCGCAGAGCGACAACAACGCGUGCAAUUUUGGUGUCAAGUGUCCGGUGAAGGCCGGCGAGAAGCAAGUGUUCGAGCAAUCGAUUGCGAUCACCGACACGCAUCCCAAAGGCGAGCAAAUUCAGGUGAAUUGGCAAUUGACGCGUCCCGACGGCGCGAAAGAAGGGCUCUCUUGGGAUUAUCCAUUGAUUGGCAUUAAAGGCGCAUGCGAGAAUCUCGAGAAACUCGACGGCGACACAGAAUGCCGCCUAUUCACGCCGUAUGAUCGCCGACAUGUCGCCGGACGAUUGUUCGUCUCAUCGAAUUUUGUGUGCUUCGCGAGUCGGACGGAACGAUUGGUCUCAAUCAUUUUGCCGCUUGUCGAAGUGGUGUCGAUGGAGAAAUGGACGCCGGCGGCGUCGUCGUCGUCAUCGCAAACGACGCGCGGAAUUCUGUUUUGCCUAGCGAAUCGUGCGACGGUUGUGUUCUCGGCGGUUCCGGAUCGCGAUCGAGUUGUCGCGAAAAUUGCCGCGUAUUUGGAGCGCGUCAAAAUUCGAAUGAAUACGGUCAGUCAGGCGCAUUCAUCAUCAUCAUCGUCGUCGUCAUCAUUGGAUUCAUCAAUUUGCGAGUAUCCGCUUAUCGAAAAAUUUCCGUUUGGCGCUGAUGCGGCCGAGAAAUGCAAAGCGAAAUGGACGGCCUACUUGCAGGAGUACGGAAGCGGUGUUUGUAUGUACCGAACGAUUGAGCUUCAUCGACUUCUUCUUGAAGGCGUUCCACUUCAACUACGCGGCGAGAUUUGGAUGAUUUGUUCGGGCGCGGCCGCCGAAAUGAAAUUGAACCCGAAUUACUAUAGGCAACUUCUUCAGAAGAAUGAGGGCGUGUUUAGUGUGGCGCUGGAAGAAAUUGAACGGGACCUUCAUAGAAGUCUUCCCGAGCAUCCGGCGUUUCAACAGGGUCCCGGCAUCGAUUCGCUUCGUCGAAUUCUGACGGCCUACGCGUUUCGAAAUCCGAACAUCGGCUAUUGUCAAGCGAUGAACAUUGUCGGCUCGGUGCUUCUGCUGUUCGCCAGCGAGGAAGAAGCGUUUUGGCUUCUCGUGGCGGUCUGCGAGCGCCUUCUGCCGGAUUAUUACAACACGAAAGUGGUUGGCGCGCUGGUCGAUCAAGGCGUUUUUUCGGAGCUCGUCGAACGAUUCCUACCGUCGGUCGCCGCUCAAUUGACGCGACUCGGCCUCGACGACAUGGUCGCGUUGUCGUGGUUUUUGACAAUAUUUUUGUCGGCCAUCAAAUUCGACGCCGCCGUUCGCAUUCUCGACUUGUUCUUUUUCGAAGGCGCCCGGUUAAUGUUUCAAGUGGCUCUCGAAAUGUUGAAGGAGAACGAGCAUCUCAUCGGCAAUUCGAAAGAUGACGGCGAGAUUUUGAUGAGUCUGACGAAAUAUACCGAAAUGAUACACGAGGGCGACGCUGAUGAGAGGGAAGAUGCGGACAUGUCGUUGUCAACCGGCAUUUUUAUGGAUAUUGAAGAGGCGACGUCGUCGAUAAUGUCAAUGAUACGCCCAAAUGCGUCGAAGCCGCAAACCAAGAUACCGAUUGGCGAACUCCUCGCGAAAUCCUAUUCGAAUUUCGGCUACGCGUUCACCAAUGAGCACAUCGAGUCGCUUCGUUUGAAGCAUCGCCUGAAAGUUGUGCAGAGUCUCGAGGACAAUCAAAUGAGGAGCAUCAUAAAGAGUAUCGGCAAAGAAUGCAAAUUUACCAACGGCGAACUUGAAGCGCUGUACAAUGUGGUGAAGAAAGAGCUGGUGAAAAUGGGGAAUUUCCAAAAAAAAUUGUCGAUUUCGCUAUUGAAUAUGAUUUUUUGUGACAAAUUGACUCAUUUUAAAUUCCCGCUUGAGAAGGUGAAAAUAUUUUAA